AUGUGCUGAGCACAAUCAAUCAUGCACUGUUUCACACUGCCAUGGAUGUCUUCGUUAUUUAGUCUCAAGUUGGCUGUUCUGUGGUAGCCGCUUCAUUCACCAUGACAACACUUGUUCCUGCUCAGGCCCCCGUACCUUCCUUGUCCGAGCGGCUGCGGCAGGCUGCUGUGGCGGGCCAAGCCGACAAAGUUCAAGAAUUGUAUAAGUUGGGAGCCAAGAUAGAAACAGAUACGGAGGGACGUACAGCGCUCCAUCUAGCAGCUGCUAACGGGUAUGUAGAUACAGUGAAAACUCUACUUCAAUGUGGAGCCAAAGUGAAUGCUGUUGACCAGUCAGGUUACUCCCCUCUCCACCAGGCGGCAACGGAAGGUCACGUGGAAGUGGUGCGACUGUUAUUGAAAAACGGAAGUCACGUGGAUACGCAAGAUGAAAUGCACGGAAACACAGCUUUACACGAAGCUGCUUGGAAGGGGUACAGCCAAACGCUUGAAGCACUUUGUAAAAAUAAGGCUAACGUUUAUAUAAAAAACAAGGGAGGUUUUUCGGCAUUACAUCUUGCUUGUCAAACUGGCCAUAAUCAAAGCUCCAGGGUGUUGCUAUUAGCUGGUUGUAAACCAGACAUUAAAAACAACUAUGGAGAUACUCCUUUGCACACAGCAGCGCGGUAUGGACAUGCGGGUGUUUUGAGAAUCUUAAUCAGUGCUUAUUGUCACGUUAGUGAAGUAAAUAAGAACGGUGACACUGCUUUACACAUAGCUACAGCUAUGGGACGAAGGAAGCUGACGAGGAUAUUGUUAGAGGCUGGUUGUGACCAAUCUUUUCAGAAUAAGCAAGGAGAGGUUGCUAUGGAGAUCGCAAAGAGAAAGGAAUUUACCGAAGUCGUCGAAAUCCUUUCUAACCCGCCUCCUCGUGUUAUUGAAAUGAACGAGAAAAAGGAAGACAAAAAAUCUACCAAAAAACGUGAAAAGGACAGUGGAACAUCUCAGGGUAGCAAAGACAGUAGUUGCAAACUAAAGAAGGAAAAGAAAAAGAGUAAACGUGGCCAUAAGGUCCAUUUUCCAGAUGAAAAAGGACAGGGCCCGUCCGGUCACUGGAGCCCCUAUGGAUGUCACAUGUUUCCAAAUUUAGCUAAUUUUCCUGACCCUAAGCUAGAUUCGCUUCCACCUGAACCUCUAAAGAAGGGAGAGCAGUAUUUCGUCGAUUUGGCUGGACGCAUUAAUAAAGGUCCAGUAGGAGUUGGUUAUACGUGUUACUGUGCUCCAUUCUUUCGUUAUGUGGAAAAGAAGAUGGAGUCGGACAAGCAAGAACUUAUUGAUCACAUCGACAACGCUCAUGACGAUCUACACGCCAAGAUCGCUCAUCUGGAGCGCCGUACGAGAAGCCAACUGUUCAAUCUUAACCAGUCAGUCAAGGAAAAACUAGCUAACGAGAGGAUCGAAUGUGUGGAAAGGAUGGAGAGAAGGACAUCGAAAGAAAGGCAGGAGCUUGAAAAACAGCAAGGAGUCCAAAUGCAUAACAUGAAAACAGAGCUUCAGAGUUGGAUAGAGUCAAAAAGAAAUGAAUCUGAAAAUAAAACAACUAAUCUUCAUAAAGACCAACCUUCAGCCAAUAAUAAUCACAUUCGACAUCCUACGAUGCAUCAUUGGUCACUUGCAGUUAGGAAAAAGAAAAAUUCAUCAAGUGUGACUGGAUUGAUGCGCUCAAAAUCAGAAGAGUUACUGUCUGAGGCAGAUGGAGACAGUGCUUUGGGUUCUGCUCCAAGGGUUUGCUCUCCAGAGCUACAUGGUACAAUCUCCCGCAGAUUGUGCUCCCCACAUUUCGAAAGGUCGAGGAACGGUCAUGACUUUCAGAGCAAUUUGUAUACCAGGGUUCAUUCUCCUGAUACUCACAUAAUAACACCAGUGCCAAGAUUCCAUGCCCCAAUUUCAACGUCUCAUGGAAAACCUAAUGACCUCGCUAACCACCUUCCUGUCAGAGUGGAGGCUAAUAAUCACCAAGCAACGGGUUUAGUUCAAAGACUUCGGACAGACUUUGAAAAAUUAGGUGCUAGGCCAAAGUUUGAUCAAAAUUCCAGCCCUCAGCAGAGACAAAGUGAUUCAGCUGUGUUACAAAACGAACUCAAUGACUCUGUGAAUCCCGAUAACUUAUUGGAUAUUAAAAGGGACAGUAGAAGUGACGGUGACUUGAGAACUUACAAUGGCUCAAUACAUGGCCACUUACCAUACCUUGAAACAUCCUUUGACCACCCCAAUGACCACUCACCCGCUAGUGACUCUGGAUAUCAAACCAAAAUGUCUCCCAGCAUCAGUGAUUCUUCUGGUGCUCCAUAUCAAAGACCACCAGCGUUCACGCCCCCUCAUGAUUCGCAUCACCCUAGCUCCCCUACACAAGUUGAAUAUAGCCAGCAUCUUCCCCUUCGGCACAGUGAUUUUGUUCGACCUCAGAGCACGAGUGGUUACAGUUCUAACAGGGUGUGGAGGUAUGACUGUCAGUAUACCCCGAAUUCUUACGUUCAUUACGCUAGUGAUGUAAGACCUAUUAAUUGUACAGAAGAUCAACUAUAUCAAAUGAAGGAAGAACUUGAACUCGCAGGAGAAACUUUGAAUGGCUCCAGCCUAGUCUGAUGUCAUUAAAUGUUUUUCUGUAAAGUUUUUACUUU